AUGAACAACAACAACAAGAACAACCCCGCCGGCAACGUUGGCGAGACCGUUGGAGGAGGUCUCAACUUCCUCACUAGCACCGUUGGCAACACUGUCGGUGGUCUCGGCCGCACAGUCGGCAACGUUACUGGAGCCGCAACUCGUGGUGUUGGCGACACUGUCACCUCCGUGACUGGCGACGCUGGCCGCCCUCUCGGUGAUGGAAUUGGCAACCUAGGCACUGGAGUUCAGGGCGGUCUCGACAGCAUCUCGAAGGGUGUUGAGAACGCUGGACAGUGGAAGAAGCAGUGCAGAGCCGUGACAGCUCGGCUGCGUGUGGAGAGCUUCAUCUCCUUUGAGUUCAAGAUGACCUUGGCGAUUACCUCAAUUGGGCACUUAAGCCUGCGAUUACGGUAG